CCUGAGCCGGGGGAGGAGAGUCGCGCGGGGCGGGCGGGCGCCGGGCGGCCGGGAUUCAGGAAGCGCCGCGCUGUCCUGGAGGCAGAGCAGCGCAGACGGGUCGUGGGUUGGCAUGGCAGAUCCCAGUGAAGGCCCCCACACCGGGCCUGGGGAGGUGGCCGAGAGCCCCGUGGAUGAGAGCGGCACCCCUGGCAGUGAGGCCUUCCCCCUGUCUUCUCUGGCCAACCUGUUUGAGGGCGAGGAUGGCUCCCCCUCCCCGGCUGACCCCAGCCGCCCCGCCGCCCCAGGGGAUGCACGACCGAACUUACGCAUGAAGUUUCAGGGUGCCUUCCGCAAGGGGGUGCCCAACCCCAUCGACCUCCUGGAGUCCACCCUGUAUGAGUCCUCGGUGGUGCCGGGACCCAAGAAGGCACCCAUGGACUCGCUCUUUGACUAUGGCACCUAUCGUCACCACCCCAGUGACAACAAACGGUGGAGGAGGAAGGUCAUCGAGAAGCAGCCGCAAAGUCCCAAAGCUCCUGCGCCACAACCACCCCCCAUCCUUAAAGUCUUCAACCGACCAAUCCUCUUUGACAUCGUGUCCCGGGGCUCCACUUCUGACCUGGAUGGGCUGCUUCCCUUCUUGCUGACCCACAAGAAGCGGCUGACUGACGAGGAGUUCCGGGAGCCGUCCACGGGGAAGACCUGCCUGCCCAAGGCCCUGCUGAAUCUGAGCAACGGCCGCAAUGACACCAUCCCUGUGCUCCUGGACAUCGCUGAGCGGACGGGCAACAUGCGAGAGUUCAUCAACUCGCCGUUCCGGGACAUCUACUACCGAGGUCAGACCGCCCUGCACAUUGCCAUCGAGCGGCGCUGCAAACACUAUGUGGAGCUCCUGGUGGCCCAAGGCGCCGACGUCCAUGCCCAGGCCCGGGGCCGCUUCUUCCAGCCCAAGGACGAGGGAGGCUACUUCUACUUUGGUGAGCUGCCCCUGUCGCUGGCAGCCUGCACCAACCAGCCCCACAUCGUCAACUACCUGACGGAGAACCCGCACAAGAAGGCUGACAUGCGGCGGCAGGACUCCCGCGGCAACACUGUGCUGCACGCGCUGGUUGCCAUCGCGGACAACACCCGUGAGAACACCAAAUUCGUCACCAAGAUGUAUGACUUGUUGCUGCUCAAGUGUGCCCGCCUCUUCCCUGACAGCAACCUGGAGGCCGUGCUCAACAACGAUGGGCUCUCACCCCUCAUGAUGGCAGCCAAGACGGGCAAGAUUGGGGUCUUUCAGCAUAUUAUCCGCCGAGAGGUAACAGACGAGGAUACGAGACACCUGUCUCGUAAGUUCAAGGACUGGGCAUAUGGGCCGGUGUAUUCCUCACUGUAUGACCUCUCCUCCCUGGACACGUGUGGGGAAGAGGCCUCUGUGCUGGAAAUCCUGGUGUAUAACAGCAAGAUUGAGAACCGCCACGAGAUGCUGGCCGUGGAACCCAUCAACGAGCUGCUGCGGGACAAGUGGCGUAAGUUUGGCGCCAUGUCCUUCUACAUCAACGUGGUCUCCUAUCUCUGCGCCAUGGUGAUCUUUACCCUCACUGCCUACUACCAGCCACUGGAAGGCACUCCCCCCUACCCGUACCGCACCACUUUGGACUACCUGAGGCUGGCUGGCGAGAUCGUCACACUCUUCACCGGGGUGCUGUUCUUCUUCACCAACAUCAAAGACUUGUUCAUGAAGAAAUGCCCAGGAGUGAAUUCUCUCUUCAUUGAUGGCUCCUUCCAGUUACUCUACUUCAUCUACUCCGUGCUAGUGAUUGUCUCUGCGGCCCUCUACCUGGCGGGAAUUGAAGCCUACCUGGCUGUCAUGGUCUUUGCCUUGGUCUUGGGCUGGAUGAAUGCCCUCUACUUUACCCGUGGGCUGAAGCUGACGGGAACUUAUAGCAUCAUGAUCCAGAAGAUCCUCUUCAAAGACCUUUUCCGCUUCCUGCUGGUCUACUUGCUCUUCAUGAUUGGCUAUGCUUCAGCCCUGGUAUCCCUUCUGAACCCAUGUGCCAACAUGAAGGUGUGCAGCGAGGACCACACCAACUGCACGGUGCCUACAUACCCCUCAUGCCGCGACAGUGAGACGUUCAGCACCUUCCUGCUGGACCUCUUCAAGCUCACCAUCGGCAUGGGCGACCUGGAGAUGCUGAGCAGCACCAAAUACCCAGUGGUCUUCAUCAUCCUGCUGGUCACUUACAUCAUCCUUACCUUCGUGCUGCUGCUCAACAUGCUGAUCGCCCUCAUGGGUGAGACGGUGGGCCAGGUCUCCAAGGAGAGCAAGCACAUCUGGAAGCUGCAGUGGGCCACCACCAUCCUGGACAUCGAACGCUCAUUCCCUGUGUUCCUGAGGAAGGCCUUCCGCUCUGGCGAGAUGGUGACUGUGGGCAAGAGCUCGGAUGGCACCCCAGACCGCAGGUGGUGCUUCAGGGUGGAUGAGGUGAACUGGUCUCACUGGAACCAGAACUUGGGCAUCAUUAACGAGGACCCAGGAAAGAGUGAGAACUACCAGUACUACGGCUUCUCGCACACUGUGGGCCGCCUCCGGAGGGAUCGCUGGUCCUCAGUGGUGCCGCGCGUGGUGGAGCUGAACAAGAACUCAAACCCAGACGAGGUGGUGGUGCCUCUGGACAACAUGGGGAACCCCAGCUGCGACGGCCCCCAGCAGAGCUACCCCCCCAAGUGGAGGACUGAUGACGCGCCCCUCUAGGGGCUGUGGGCGGGUUAGGGUCUCUGGCCUGCAGCCCAAGCCUGUCCCUCCACCUGCCUCUUUCUAUUCCACCUGCAUUUCAGCGAUGCCUCUGCAGGGCAUCCCCCACAUGCUCCUUUGACCUCCAGAGGUGAGGGCUGGGCAGAGAUGAAGGGGAGGCCCCAGGACCCUCUGGUCCCCAGCUCCUGCCCCCCCAGCUCUGCCUCCCCCACCCCCCGCCCCAGGGCAUGUGGCUCCUGACUGCUGGUCUCACUCCCAUGGAGUCACAUAAGCCAAGGCCAGGGCCUCUCUGCCCAUGGGGGCUCGGUCCCCUGACUCUCCAUUAUUUAUUUGCUCUGCUCUCAGGAAAGUGGUGUGACCCUCGCCCCCAAAGGGAACCUGACCGAAGCCUCAGGACCCCAUUCCAGGUCACUGCCGGCCAACCCCCAGCCCCAGCCUGGGGCCUGGGUGGCACAAAGCACCCUGUGGCUUUGUGAUGGGGCUGGGGCCCUUGCAGUGGGGCCCUGCCUUCAGUGUGUUCUGUAAAAGGGCUGGGGUUUGUCAGUGCCCAAUAAAUGUUCAUUCACUGA